UAUAAAGUAUAUAAUACGAAGGUAUAAAUUGAUUCGAUGAAUAGUCACAAUAAUGCAUUUAAGAACAGUCAUUAGUUUUUAGCUUUUUGAAAAAUCUUGGAAGCCUUAUAUACUUUGUAGAUGACAUGGCUAUUUUCAGAAUAAAAUUCAAACCUUUCAUUAUUGUAAUAGGACUCUCCAUAGUGAUUGCUAUAGUUUCACUUUUGGCCUUUAUCUCAAAACGCAACGAUGAAAAUGAAAUGCCCGAUCCGCAAUUCGAAUUGGCCACGUCGAGUAUGCCGAUGGGCUUGUACAACAAAGCCGGAGUAGUGUCAAAUGGUGGACCGUGCGCACAAAUCGGAGUGGACGUGAUGGCGAAAGGUGGAAAUGCCGUUGAUGCUGCUAUAGCUACAAUGAUAUGUGACGGUGCUUCAUGCCCUCAAUUCAUGGGUUUGGGUGGAGGAUUUGUUAUGACUAUAUACAACGCUACGACUAAAAAAGUAAUGUCAAUCAAUGCCCGUGAAAUGGCACCAAAGGCGGCAACUGAAUCCAUGUUUGUAAAAGAACCUACACUUUCUGUAUAUGGUGGUUUGGCGGUUGCAGUUCCGGGAGAAGUUAAAGGCUAUAUGACUGUCUAUAAUAGAUUCGGUGGUAAUGUUUCAUGGGCAUCACUAUUUGAGCCAACUAUAAAAUUAUGUGAAGAAGGCAUGCUGAUUAGCGAACGUUUCGCAAUAAGUUUAAAAAAUAAAGAAGAAUUGGUCAAAAAUGACACGAUUCUUAGAAAAACUUUUUUCGACGAAAAAACUGGACAUGUAAAGACAAUCGGAGAAAUGUACACAUUACCCAAGUUAGCAGAAACUAUGAAAGUCAUAGCAAAGGAAGGUGGUGAUGCCUUAUACAAUGGUACGUUAGCUGAUAAAUUAUUAGAUGACUUAAAAAAAGUAAAUGGGAUAAUGACAAGAGAAGAUUUAGCCGCCUACGCAGUCAAAGUCGAAAAAUCUUUUUCUGUUAAAUUAAAAAGUGGACAUACAAUACACACGGGGCCACCACCUGGUUCCGGUGUAAUAUUAGCUUACAUACUGCGUGUGUUGGAUGGUUUGUUACCAGCACCCAAUGAAGGUUUGGACGCUCACCGAAUUGUGGAAGCUUUCAAAUUUGGUUACGGCGAGAGAACCCAAUUAGGAGAUGCUAUGUUUGUAAACGUGUCUGCAAUUUACGAUAAAGUCAAGUCGGAUAGUUACAUGGAUAAAAUACGUAGUCAAAUAUUCGAUAAUUUCACUUCGGCAGAUCCUAAGUACUACGGAGCUAAUUUUAGUAUCCCAGAAAACCACGGAACUGGCAAUUUGGCUGUGAUCGAUUCAAUGGGAAACGUUGUCAUAAGUACAUGUACCAUAAACACAUAUUUUGGUUCCGGUUUCACCUCUCCCAGUACCGGUAUUAUUCUGAAUAACGAAAUGGACGAUUUCUCGACUCCGGGAGGCGUCAACUCUUACGAUUUUCCAUCUUCGCCGGCCAAUUACAUUGAACCGUACAAACAGCCAAUGUCUUCGAUGUGUCCAAGUAUAUUCACGGACAAAAACGGAGAUUUUGCUUUCGCUGUGGGAGCAGCGGGAGGGUCAAAAAUCACUCUUGCGACCGCCUACGUGUCUGCUUAUAAAUUAUGGUACAAUAAGACACUGAAAGAAGCUAUAGACAAACCAAGAAUUUUUCACCAACUUGUACCUAUGCAAAUUCAAUAUGAAUACGGAAUGACUAAAGAUGUAAUACAAACACUUAAAGAUAUUGGUCACCCAGUGACCCGAUUGCCAAAUAAUAGAUUUUCAGCAUCAACAGCUAUUGCUAAAACGAUUUCUGGAAUGAUAGAAGUUAUGCCAGAUUAUCGACGACCAGGAAAUUGCUCUGGAUACUAAAACCAUUAUAAUAAUUUUUAAAAAUGUGUAAAUUAUUGUAUAAUAUAUCCUACCAAACACACUUCGUGUAAUUAAAAGGUAAGUUAAAAAAAAAAUUAUUAUUAAUGAUUAAAUCUCUAAAAUACGGGAUAUAAUAUGAGAACUAAGUAAAAUGCUAUUUUGUAAUAUUACAAAUACCUACGACGAUAAAUAAUAAGAUCAAUAAUUGUAAAGUUUAAUAGACCGAGUCAACAUUUUUAAAUUUCUUCAUAAAUUAUUAAUUACAAAAAGUGCUAUAGUAGACAGUGGUUACUUAUUUGUAUUUAUUUAAGUAUAUUUACACGUCCUGCCAAGUAGUUAAACAAUAUAUUGAAUAAGUAUUUAACUUUACAAUUA